CAACUUCCUCAUACACCACCACCACCACCUACGAACUCAACCAUCAACCAACUCCAAAUCAACAUCAUGGGCCGCAUCCUCUUUGUCUACACGUCUUGCAGCCGCACCCUUACCGGCGCGCAGACCGGAUGGUACCUCCCGGAGGCUGCUCACCCAUACUAUGUCCUCGCGGCGCACCACGAGAUUGACUUCGCAUCGCCCAACGGGCCCAACCCGCCUGUUGACGAGGGAAGCGUCGAGAUGUUCAAGGACGACGAGAGCGUCAAGUUCCUCCAGGACGCGACCGUAACGGAAAAGCUCGCAACCGCGAAGAAGCUCUCGGAGGUCAACCCCAGCCAGUACGACGCGGUCUUUUACGUCGGCGGGCAUGGUCCCGUGCUUGACCUUGCAACUGACCCGACGAACAUCAAGGUUGGGAACGAGUUCUGGCGAUCAGGAAAGAUCACUUCGGCAGUCUGCCACGGACCUGCUGCCCUGGUCGGCGUGACUGACGCCGAAGGCAAGUCGAUCUUCACCGGUAAGGCCGCUACGGGCUUCUCCAACACAGAGGAGGAGCAGGUCAACAAAGUGAAGGACAUUCCUUUCCUGCUCGAGUCCAGAAUCAAGGAACUUGGUGGCAAAUACGAGGCGGCGGCUGAGCCUUGGGGCGUUAAGGUUGUUGUCGACGGCAAGCUCAUCACGGGUCAGAACCCCGCCUCUGCAAAAGCCAUUGGUGAAGCCAUUCACAAGGCCCUUGCUUGAGGUCGUCGCACACUAACAGUAUACUGUAAUCUUAUCUUGUGACACUGUACCAAUAUCAUGAUUGUCCAUUGGCUCA